AUGGAUUUUCACAGACAAUCCUUGAAUCAGUGUAGAAAUGGAAUUACAAGGAUCCUGUCAUUGCGAGAAAGUCAAAUUUACGGUCAAGUCACAUACUCCAUUCAAUUUGUCGUAAAGUUGACGGUGGUGGUGGAUACUCCAUUAAUAUUAUGGGACAAGCACAAUGACACUUUGAAAGUAAAGGGUAUGGAAUAUGUAAAAUCUUAUCGAGGUAUUAGGGAUAAAUCAUUACCAAAAAAAAAACAAGAAGAAUGUGGGAAUAAACGACAUUUUUGUGGUGAAUGCGGAUGCAUGUUAUGGGCUUAUGAUCAACAAUAUCCUGAAUGGUGUUAUCCAUUCGCUUCAGCUAUCGAUACUCCACUCCCAAAACCCAAACAGAUCAUUUGUAUCAUGUUGAAAGACAAAGCUGAUUGGGCUCACGUUCCAGAGGAAGCUGUUCAAUUUGACGAAUAUCCUAAUGAAUCGAUUGAAUCAUGGCAUAAAAAUAAUGAAGCUUGGGUUGAUUGA